UUUCUUUCUCCGUAAAUAUCAUAAAUAUGAUUUCCCUUUGAACGAUACUACUUUUGUUCACACCCAACAUGCUGGGCCAACUGUUGUUUUUGACAGUACCGGCUUUAUGGACGAUUAUAUGGAUAUAUAAAUAUUCUCAACAGCAUUCGUUAACCUGGAUCACUGGGACUUUUGUAUUUCUAGGUCUUUACAUACCUUUUCUAGUCGUGCUACUAGUUCCUCUUGAUAUCGUAUGGGACGUCAGCAUUUUCAAAUGGCGAGUUUUAUAUUGGACUACAUUCACAGCGACAUGGUUCAUACUUCCAUUUAUCCAAGAAUAUAUCGAGAGUCAAUUCCCAACGGUUGAAACGAGGGUAAAAGACUCUCUGUACAAAAACUUGCGCUAUUAUACGCUUUUGACAUUCCUAUCGUUGGUGGUGAUAGCUUAUUUGCGCUUUACCCUUCGUACCAUGUCUUUUGCAAACUUCAAGGAAUUGAUUAUUUCCCUUACUUAUUUUUGGGGCUUGUUGUUUGUUAUCUUUCUCCUCGGUAAUGGACUCGUUUACGUUCCUCGGAACAUUUGGAGGAAAGCCUUUCUUAAUCAACGAGCUCGUUUGUUAGAAAGAAAAGCAGUGAACAUCUAUUCUAGGUUGCAAGAACGGAUAGACGAAUUUUCGGCUUAUUCGAGCUCCAGCACGCUCAACAUGGAUCAAUCCUACAGCCUAGGCAUUCGAGCUUCUUAUGCCACCGACAGUGACUUUACCUCUUCUGCUGUAUCACAGGCCAUGUCUCACGUUUUGCCUUUACAAACUACAUGGACACAAAUGGUGAAAGAAUAUAACAUGAUAAACACAAUACGAUUCGCAAAAGCAUCCUCCUCCUAUCGACUAUACUUGCCUGACUCGUAUAUUCAAAUGCAUCCUGUUUUUGCUUACGCGCUUUAUGUUUGGGUAAUUCCUGUUUUUCGGAUCUUUUUAGCUUGUUUUCUUGCUUUAUUAAGCUUUGUUAUCGUUGUGUCUGAACUGUUUUUACACUCAAAACACUCUCUUGUCGGCAUUUUUUUAAAUCGUGUUCAAGAUUCUCCUUCCCUUUGUGCUUUCGUAUCAUUUAUUGUUAUCAAUUAUAUGAGAUAUUGCACUUAUAAAUCUUUGAUUAACACCCAAUUUGCAUCUUACCACCAUUAUGCCGUCGUUCCUUUCCGUGCUACAGGGCCAGCGUCAUUGCUCUGUUUUGCUUCCCAACUGUGCCGACUAACUUUGCCUUUAUGCUAUAAUUUUACGUCCUUACAGUUUUUUCCUACGCAGUUUCACAAAUUUUAUGGAGAAAGUAUAGAUCUAUUACCUCUUGGUAAUUUAAUUAGCAAGCGCUACCCAGUAUUUAUUCUCAUGCCUGUUAUUUUUUCGUUGUUUUCUUUGAAAUAUUGGCUUCGACACAUUAUUUAUUCUUAUGGACUUCAAAAGUCACCUGUGAUUGAUUCACUUGAAACAGAAUCCUCAAAUACGGAAGAUAACUUUCUCGAUGAAACAUCUCCAUCGUAUUUGGCUGAAGGUAGAGCUCUUCUUUUGAGUGCAAAUUAUCCAUCUCUCUAAAAAAUUUUAUGUUCUUUCAUGUUCGGGUUUUAAUUUGGUAUGAUUGCAUGAUAUAAUAUUUUAGUACUCCUCCUUUAUAAGUUACUGACGCGCCGUAACUUUUACUUUAUAUUUAAAACUUAUGAAUUCAUUGAUCUUUAUGUGAAGA